AGAAGGGUGCGUCUUGACGGCCAAACCUCGUAAAGCCCCCAACCCUUUCAACACUUCUUCAAUUGCAGGCGCGGAAGGUCCGUGACCUUCUUGCCGUCUCGCCCUUCAAGAUGAAGACAUCAGCUGUCUUCUCGACCUUCCUCUCGCUACUUUCACUUGCUUCGGCCGCGAGCUCAGCCAGGGAUAGCUCCACCAGCACAACGCUCCCAGCAACAUUCAAGCCGCCCCAGGUCUUCAAGAACCUCAACCUCGUCCAUGUCAUCUCGGCCGAGAAGAACUACCUCAAGGAGAGCAUCAAUGUGUUGAUAGAGAACAUCGACAAGGCGCCUCAAGAUGAAUAUUUUCUGCCGUUCACGGCCGACCAAAUGUCGCGGCUAGGAGGGGUAGAAGUCAAGGAUCGCAAGGACGCAACCGCUGGGCUGUUUGUCGCCGAGCCUGUCGAAUUCGACCAGGAAAGCGACAUUCAGUAUCUCCGCAUCCGACUUCCGAAGCCCCUUGCGCCCGGCGCGCAGCAGACACUCGGCAUCAACUACUACCUUCUCAAGGCAUACAGCCCCCUCCCAGUCGCCAUCAAGCAGGAGGAGCAACAGUAUCUCACCUUCACCUUCUCGGCCUACUGCCCCUCGGCUUACACCACCACGAAGCAAAAGACGGACGUCAAGUUCCCGUCAAGCAACAUACCCGACUACACCAAGCUACCCGGGAGUGGUGAUAUCCAGGAAUUCCCUCAGAAGCAGGGAUCCAAGCUUACAUAUGGCCCAUUCGACGAGAAACCCGCCGGCGCGGUUGAGCCCGUCCGCGUCCGCUUCGAGUUCAACAAGCCCGUCAACCACGUCUCGCGUUUGGAACGGGACAUCGAGGUAAGCCAUUGGGGCGGAAAUGUGGCCUUUGAAGAGCGGUACACGCUGUAUCACCGGGGUGCCAACCUGUCCUCGCUCUUCAACCGGGUCAAGUGGCAGCAAUCCCAAUACUACCAGCCCACGACCUUUGCUCUCAAGGAGAUUAAGUUCCCUCUGCGGGUGGGUAGUGUCGACGCUUACUAUUACGACGUGAUCGGCAACGUCUCGACAUCACGCUUCCGGAGCAACAAGCGAGAGGCCCUCCUCGAGAUCAAGCCCCGGUACCCUGUGUUUGGUGGCUGGAAAUAUCCCUUUACGAUCGGUUGGAACUCGGAUGCAAAGAACUUCCUGAGAAACACGGCUACGGGGGGGUUCGUGCUAAACGUUCCUUUUCUCGAAGGCCCCAGGCAGUUGGAGGGUGUCGAGUAUGAGCAGGUCGAAGUCCGGGUCAUCCUGCCCGAAGGCGCUGAGAACGUUAAAUACCAUACAUCGAUUCCAACCUCAUCCAUUACCGAAGCUGGCGUUCAGAUCCACAAGACCUUCCUAGACACAAUCGGCCGGACAGCUCUCGUCAUCAAGGCACGCAAUCUGGUGGACGACUUCAGGGACCGGGAGUUGAUUGUGUCGUACGACUACCCCUUCAUGGCCAGUUUCCGGAAGCCAUUGGUCGUGUUCGGCAGCGCAAUUGCUGUGUUUAUGAGUGUCUGGGCGGUGGGCAAUGUAAAGUUGGACUUUGAAACCAAGAAAUAAAUCGGCGGGUGGGUACAAUAUAAAAGGGUAGGACUUUCUAUUUUACAUGUAUAUCUUAUGUUGCUGCUAGGGUUUGAAAAGGACAUGAUGGUUGAUUACAAGAUGAGUGUACUGUACAUACACACGUGUCUUGCUCUCGAGGCAGUUUGGACUUGGAUGCUGAGAUGCAGUGGACCGCAGGCUGAAACGUCGUUGAGAGGGCGACGAUCUAACACUGAAAAUCAACAUUCAAAGGUCCGAUGGUGUAGUUGGUUAUCACGUCAGUCUAACACACUGAAGGUCUCCAGUUCGAACCUGGAUCGGAUCAUUAUUUUUUCUCUUCC